AUUAUCGAUAAUAUUAAUUAUGCUACAAUAUACAGAAAUCGGUUAUCCGCUACAUGUGUACAUUUUUCCGAAUCAGACGGUUUUCAGAGCUCUAUAGUGUUCGACGUCCAUGUCGUAUUUUCUUACGUUUAUUUUUUAAACUCUAUUUUCGUUAAAUUUAAAAAAUGUUCAACUGCAUUACGUGUGGUAAAGUGUACGCUCGUAAGAACGUGCUGGUCAGACACGCUAAAACCCAUGACGGUCCGGUGAAUUCGUGCGGGAUAUGUCGCAAGGUAUUAAGUCGGAUGGAUAAACUUAUCGCUCACAUACAAAAUUACCACAGUAAGUACCUACAUUGAAUAUUAUUUACUAUAACGUUAUUAAUAAAAUUAUUUUUAAAAUAGAGAUUGCUAAAAAUAGUCCUGAAUUCCAUAAUGCUGUGCGGAUAGGCGGUACAAUGGGUCGCGCUUCAGUUAUAAAAUGGGCACCCCCUACUACAGAGUCGCACGUUCGGUCAGCUGUUCCGAUGACCAUCUCAGCCACAUCUACCCCGCCUCAGGUCUCGUCAUCCGCCCGCCCAUCAGUCAUCUCUAACCAACCCGCCGCCGUAACACCUCCCACUACCACUGCGACUCCAUCGAGACCGACUUCGCCACCGCCGGUACAGCACUGUGCUCCUUAUACGGAAAAUACUCGAAAAAAUAUCAAAAGAAAAAAGGCGCGUAUGCAAUUGGUGAAUACGCCCGGCUUUGUUGAAAUCGAGUCGUCGCUUAAACGUACGACCGUGUGGUACUUCAGAAAAAACGUCGAUAACAUCGCCAGUUAUCGCGCUUUUCUCCACUUUCUGGAGCCGGAAUUGAUUGACAAAUUACGCGAAUGCGUGCGUAUUCAACCGAUUAAAUACAACCUAAAAUUGGAGGCCACUUAUGUCGUACCUAACCAAGACGAAUCUGCCCAAAAUCGUGCAUUUAAAACGUGCGCGAGGGAAUUGUUUGCGUAUAGCGACGUUGCGGGUUCCAUCGAUCGCGAUUUAACCGCUCUUCUCGCCGAAGAAGACGCUUACGCGGGCAAGGGUAGUGGGUUCACCUUAUCGUGUAUCGACGGGUUGCUCUUGGGCGUGUACGAGUUCACACCGAUGGGCGGCUCGUCGUACUUGCCGUUACCGGAAAGUAUUCUAAAUCGCAAGGCCGUCGUAAACCCACAAAACAUUGAUCGUCAGUGUUUCAAGUGGGCGAUUCUGGCAAAACACGUAUCACACGACAAUCGUGUACAUGUAGGCGUGAAUUAUUCGAACGAGGAGUACCGUUAUGACUUUUCCGCGCUAUCAGUCCCAACGCCCGUGUCGGAGAUAAAAUUAUUCGAGCGAGCUAAUCCCGGUACGUCGGUUAACGUAUACGGCGUGAAAAAUUGUAAAAAAAAUAAAAAAAACAAAUCUUCGACACAAUCGGCGGCGUACCCGCUGCGGGUGGUCGACAACGAGCAGCCGAAUCAUUUCGACUUGUUGUUGAUCGCCGGUUCGGAGAAAAAUAACCAUUACACGUAUAUUUCGAAUUUUUCGCGUCUAGUUAGUUUACAAAAAAAUAAUCACGGUCACCGUUUAUUUUUUUGUAAAAAGUGUUUCACCAGUUUCGACGACCAACCUUUGAGGUAUAAAUUACACGGUGAGGAGGCGCUCGCGCGACAUCGUCUGGUAUGCGGUACGCACAAACCAAUCUUACCCUUAAUGCCGGCGGAGGGCAAAACGCUCGAAUUCAACGCGCUGUGCAAAACGCAACGAUUACCGUUCGUUUUGUACGCCGACUUCGAAGCUCUUCUCCCGAAAACGACGCAGCGCUACGGGGUAAAUACCUCCGCGUUGCACUCGCAUCACCCGAUGAGUUACGGGUUUUUGGUAGUAGCUGCGGACGGUGUACCAGCGGAGCUGCUCGAGCAAUUCGAUAUCCCGCGAACCCCCACCGUUUUUCGUGGCUCCGAGUCCGUCGACGAUGUAGCCAAACGAUUUGUCCUGGCCGUCACCGAUGUGGUAGACAGAAUAUGUAAAUUGCUCAAGACGACCAACGUACCGAUUGCGAUGUCUGUUGAGGAUGCUCGCGCUCACGGAGUUAAGGCUGCGUGCGACUUGUGCGCGAAAACGUUUAUCGCGAGUAACCACAAGGUCGCACAUCACGAUCACCUGUCCGGUCGUUUUCUUAAAACGUUGUGUAAUACGUGCAAUCUUAAAUUACAAACGCCGAAGUUCGUUCCGUGCUAUUUACAUAAUCUGUCGAAUUAUGACGCUCAUUUUAUCGUCACUGAGUUGGGGUAUGAUACCGAUACGAUAUCGGUGAUACCUAACAGCGAGGAAAAGUAUAUUUCGUUUUCGAAAUAUAUCAACAACGAGUUCUCUGUUAGAUUUAUCGAUACGUGUCGGUUCAUGGCGUCGAGUUUGGCUGACUUGGCGCGGAACCUUACGACCGCGGACUUUUGCAAGUUUCGCGAAGUCGCAAAAGUGUUCACUCCGACGCAGAUGCCACUGGUGACGCGCAAAGGCGUUUUUCCGUAUGAAUACACGGAUUCCUACUCGAAAUUACGCGAGACGGAGCUGCCAGCAAGGAGGGAGUUCUAUAGUGCGUUGACCGAGACGCACGUGAGCGACGCCGAUUAUAAACAUGCGACCCUGGUAUGGAAUCGUUUUGAGUGUCAGACUCUUGGCGAUUAUAGCGAUUUAUACCUCAAAAUCGACGUACUGCUCAGCGCCGACGUGUUUGAAAAUUUCCGUGACAUAUGUAUAUCGACGUACCAGCUGGACCCGGCGUAUUAUUACACGGCACCCGGGUUCAGUUUCGACUGUAUGCUGAAAUUCACGUCGGUCAAAUUAGAACUCCUCACUGAUUACGAACAGGUAAUUUUUUUCGAGCUUGGAAUUCGAGGGGGCCUGGUACAGGCGAGCGGACGUCACGCCAAGGCCAAUAACCCGAAGACGCCCGGAUACAAAGCCGAAGAGCCGAAUACGUGGCUCGUAUAUCAAGAUUGCAACAAUCUUUACGGAUGGGCCAUGAGCGAAUAUAUGCCAUACGGUGGUUUCUCGUGGUACGCGGGAAAUCCAGACGUCGCGUUGGCUCAGCUGGAGUGGAUGUCGGAUACGGAUGACGUGGGACGAGUCUACGAAGUCGACAUUUCGUAUCCGACAAACACAACGAUAUGCCGUUCCUACCGCACGCCAGCAUUCCGCGUGGGUCUGCAGUCCGAAAGUUGA